AUGGCAGCGGCGCUUGCAGAAUUAAUUAAUAAGUACCGGCAUAACCGGAAAAUGCUAUUAUUCAUUGUAUACAUUGCUUUGUUUUUGGAUAAUAUGCUUCUGACUACCGUUGUACCAAUUAUGCCGGAAUAUCUUUUACGACUAUCACAUCCAAAUUCAACAGAUUUACUGCUUUAUGAUAAAUUACCGGUAGUAACACAUUCACGAGGCAGACGUACUGCUUUUAUGAAAAAUGAAAAGGAAACAAGAAAUGAAGAAACAUUCAUUUGGGACGAUGCUUGGGAAACUCCAAUGGAUGUAGAUGCUGCAACAGAAUGGCGAAAAAGUCCAUUGAAUCCAUUUAGUAAAAGCAAAAAUUCGAGGAAAAAACCAUUUAGAAAAGGUAAAACAACUGGAACAGGUAUGCGAAUCAAAACAACAACAGAAACAUCCACUACAGAUGAAAAUACAGAAAUGAAUCAAAGAGUUAUGCCAAAUGCUGCAGAAGAAAUACGACGACAUGAUACUUUAUCUGAAGAAAAUGUUUACGUAGGAUUAAUGUUUGGAUCAAAAGCACUUGUACAACUAUUAACAAAUCCAUGGAUUGGUCCCCUUACAAAUAAAAUUGGUUACACGGUACCAAUGUUUGCUGGUUUUUGUGUUAUGUUUUUAUCAACCUUAAUGUUUACAUUUGGUACAUCAUUUGCUGUACUUUGGCUUGCUCGAGCUCUACAAGGUGUUGGAUCAGCAUGUACAAGCACUUCAGGUAUGGGAAUGCUUGCACAAGCUUAUCCGGACGAUGAAGAACGCGGUAGUGUCAUGGGUAUAGCACUGGGCGGUCUAGCACUUGGCUUACUUGUUGGACCACCGUAUGGGGGAGUAUUAUACCAGUGGUCAGGCAAAGAGUUGCCAUUCUUACUUCUUGCACUAUUAGCUCUAUUUGAUGGCUCUCUGCAGUUUUUGGUGCUUCAACCACAUAUGGAUCGUUGUGAACCGGAAGGAACUGGCUUAAAAGAACUUGCAACUGAUCCAUAUAUUAUUGUUGCUGCUGGAUCAAUAACAAUUGGAAAUCUUGGGAUAGCAAUGUUGGAACCAUCGCUACCAUUAUGGAUGAUGGAAUCCUGGCAGGCCAGUUCAUUUGAACGUGGUAUCGCUUUUCUUCCCGCUAGUAUGUCAUAUCUUAUUGGUACGAAUAUAUUUGGACCAUUGGCACAUAAAAUUGGACGUUGGCUAAGCAGUUUUCUGGGUCUCAUGAUAAUCGGUAUUUGCCUAAUCGCUAUUCCAACAGCUCAAGGGGUUGGUGGAUUAAUGGUACCAAAUUUCUUCAUGGGCUUCUCGAUUGGUAUGAUCGAUGCGUCAAUGUUUCCACUGAUGGGUCAUCUGGUGGAUAUACGUCACGUUGGUGUUUACGGAUCAAUAUAUGCAAUUGCAGAUGCAGCAUUUUGCUUUGCUUUUGCUUUGGGCCCUUUUUUUUCUGGUCCUCUGGUCCGUUCUGUCGGUUUUGCUUCAAUGCUUCGUAUAAUUGCGGUGAUAAACUUUUUGUAUGCUCCUCUGAUGUUCUUUUUACGCAAUCCACCAGCAACAAGCAAAAUCGAUGAUAUCAUAAUAAAGCAAGCAAAAACAACAAAAUCCACAAACAACGUAUAUGAACAGAAUAUUGGCACUCCUAAUUUAGCACAUCCUGAAAUACGAAUGUUCGAAGGAUAUCAUUACUGA